AUGGAGAGAUUUUCCCUGCUCGUCCUCAGCUGUCUCUGCGUCUCUCGAGUCACAGCGGAUAGCUUGUCCCCUCCUGUCAAUGUGACCAUCAAAGCGGUGAAAGCAAACUCUGCUGUGGUGACAUGGGACAUCCCCGAGGGAGAUCCUGUCAUUGGCUUUGCCAUUACACAGCAGAAGAAAGACGUGCGCAUGCUGCGAUUCAUCCAGGAAGUCAACACCACCACGCGCUCCUGUGCAUUAUGGGACUUGGAGGAGGAGACAGACUACAUUGUGCAUGUCCAGUCCAUCAGCAUGUCUGGGACGAGCCCACUGAGCGAACCCCUGCGCUUCCGAACGCCGAAGGAGGCCGAGACUCAGGCCUCUAAGGACGAAGUGACGAUGGAGGAAGUGGGCCAGACCACCCAGCUGAGGGCGGGGGAGCUCAUCAUCAUCGUGGUGGUACUUAUCAUGUGGGCAGGUGUGAUCGCUCUCUUCUGUCGCCAGUAUGACAUAAUCAAAGACAAUGAGCCCAACAACAACAAGGACAAAGCCAAAAACUCCUCAGAGUGCAGCACUCCUGAACAUCCGACUGGGGGGCUGUUGCGCAGUAAGUUCCCCAAGAAGAACAACAACAACAAUAGGAUGCCAUCUGUCAACAUCAUUGAGGUGUGACUGCCAGGACGUCUUUUCUUUAUCCAAAAGACUUUGUGUUCUCACAAACAAGCGAGCCCCUUUUAAGCCCAUCUGCUUGUCAGGAUGAGGCUGGGACUGUGGGCCCCUCGGCGGCGCUUACUCUCCUUUGGCAUGGCGCCUGGCGCUAAAGUGAACCUGCAGGACUCCGGGGGUCAGGCACGGCCUGGCCGGUCCUGGUCUGAGAGCAGAUUCGGUGGUGGAGUGACUGUGGCGCGAGUUCAAUGGCUGCGGUGGGCUCAAUACCUAUAGUACCAUGGGGCUGGAGAGAUUAGGGCCAAAUGGCUCCGGAGUCAGAGAGACUGCAGAUAAACCAACCCCAGGGACCAAAGCCGAUGAACAGACCCAGAGAAC